AUGGCCCGAAAUCUUAACUUUCUCCGAGAAGGCUCAAGGACCUCCAUCAAUUCGGCCUCCCAAUUCCUGGCUGACAUCCGAGGAAAAGUUGUCCGACCGGAGCAGAUUAUGGUGUCCUUUGACGUGGUUUCAUUAUUCACGUCCAUCCCACCGGACCUGGCAUGCGACGUUCUUCGCAAACGACUCGAAGAGAAUUACGACGAAACGAACAGACCCCUAAAAAUCGACCACUUACUGCAAAUGUUUGCUUUCUGCCAACAAACCUUCUUCACCUUCAAUGGCAGAACAUACGAGCAGAUCAAAGGAACGCCGAUGGGUUCGCCAUUAUCCAGCCUGGUUGCAGAACUAGUCCUGCAGGAACUGGAAAAAGUCGCCUUCGAGCACUAUGAACCUGCAUUUUGGCGCCGGUACGUGGACGACACGUUCGUUAUAAUUGACAGGAACAGACUGGCCGACUUCCAAGACCUGCCCAACGGCAUCUUCUCGGACAUUCAGUUCACUAGGGAAGAAGAACAUGACGAACAGCUGCCUUUCCUGGACGUUCUCGUCACACGCACACCCAACGGCGAACUCAACACCACGGUGUACAGAAAGGCGAUUAACACGACUCAGAUUCUCAACUACCACAGUAACCACCCAAUGGCGCAUAAACGCAACUGUGUUAGGACAUUCUUUCAAAGGGUAAAAACGCACUGCAGUGAACCCGAGGGACGAGUACGGGAACAUCGGCAUCUUCGGGACCAACUGGCAAGGAAUGGAUACCCGAACAGCUUCGUCAGCCGCUGUCUCCGCACGCGCCCACGGCGAACAAACGGAGGAGAGCCGCCAACACUCUGGCACCCUCUAUCAUAUAUAAAGAACGUGUCCGAAGCGAUGGAACGUAUCGCUGGAGAGCUCGGCGUGGGUAUCGCUCACCGUCCGACAGCGACCAUGCGCAGCAAAAUCAUGCAAGUGAAGGAUCGCCUAGACGUGGGAGAACAAUCGGGUGUCGUCUAUCAGAUCCCAUGUCGGGACUGCCCUCGCCACUACACUGGACAAACCGGACGACGACUUAGCUCACGAAUAACGGAGCACAAACGGGCGGUUCGGAGAGGCGACCCGUUGUCUCAGGUCGCCACUCACACCCUGGAGGAAGGCCACGAAUUCAACUUCGCGAGCACACGGAUAGUGGCGCGGGCUAACAAUAAGACAGGGCGAGAACUGUUGGAGGCCUGGGUGUCUGACACCAACUCUAUCAACAGGCAGGUUGACAUACCCCCCUGCUAUCACGCGCUCCGUUCCCGCGGUCAAGAGGCGAGACCCAAUUUCCAGCCAAGGGUGCACGCAGUCACGCCCCCGUGA